AUGGCUGUUCUUCCCUUCUUGCCCGGCCUUGCCGUCGAGAUCAUCGUCAACGACGCUCCACUCCCCGAGUACAACGACGAUAGCGACACUCCCGCGUCGCCGACGACGAUCACGAGAUAUGUCGAAGCAACAUCUGGGGCUAAUUUCGCGAUCAAAGUCUCGGUUACCAAAGGAUAUCCUUUCCCAAAAGGUGACAUGGAAGCUAAGAUCAGCCUUGAUGGCCGAGCUGUGGUAGGCAAACUCAUCUGCGAAGCCUGGUUCUUUGAGGAACGUCUCUUCGAGGGGCUUAACUCCCAGAUCGGCGAACAUUCCAAAAUCCAGAAGUUUUGCUUUGCCGAAUUGGAAAUCGUUGAAGGUAGCGCAUCCCUCCCUGAUCUGACCUCACUUGGAACCAUCACUGUCGGCUUGACGUACAUAAAAAAUCUGGGGCAGGUAUCCCCUACUCACAUCGUCGAGAGCAUCUCAGCAUCGAAACAGGUUUCUGAGAAGGCACUGAAAGGGCGUACCUUCACUCAUGGAGCUGGCAUGUCCGAGCCUGUUGCGCAUGCACGUUCAACAUUCUGGCAUUGGGACUAUGUAACGAAGUCUCCGUUCGCUACCUUCAAGUUCAAGUAUCGCUCCCUAAAUGCUCUCCGAAUUCUGGGUCUCAUCCCACGCGAGCCCACUCCGCUACCUCUGGAAGAGCGACCUGAAGAUGAGCUCACCCCGGAUGAGCUACGCCAACUCGUCAAGCAAUUCAAGGAUCGCGACGCAGCUGCAGUCAAGGUCAAGAAAGAAGCCGUCGACAAGCGCAAGCGGGUCGAUGAGGUUGUCGAAGCCAGCGAUGGCGAGGAGGUCACGGUUGUGAGGUCUAGAGACCGGAAGCGUCACCGUGGUACGAAUGAGGAGGUUAUCGUGCUGGACUAG